GCCUGAACACGGGUUACCCUCUCCUCUACUCCCACUCCAUCCCCCUUCCGGGUCAACCAGUCUUGCGUGACGGAAUCAUCACAAUGAUGCAGCACAUCCUGUAUCAGCUCCAUGAAGAAAGUGAAAGAAGAUGGCAGUCUCGGAGGUUUGUAGGAAUACAAGUGUUAACUCAAAUUUCAUGAGAGAAGAGAUGUCUUCGUACAAUUCACAGGAGGAUAGAAGCCAUCUUUUACCUGGGGUCGACCGAAACCCUCGCUCACCCAAUAUGAUUAGACCAUGCUUCUACAUGUUACAGAUCUUGGGCAUGUGGAAACCUAAUAACCGCAAAUUUGAAUUUUUAUGGCAAGUUUAUCGGAGAGUUGUGUAUAUCAUCUGGUUAGGAUGUCUUGCAGCGAUUAUGUGUUUGGAUUUUGUUCACUAUGGUUUUGAUACGAUCCAUGUCAGGGAAGUCGUAAAUAGUGCUUGUACUUGCAUUGAUUUCCUGUGUCCUUUCGUGUUCACUCUGUAUUAUUUCAACCGUGGUCAUUUUGUAGAGUUAGUGUACAAAGUACAGAAUAUUUCCAAUGAGUGGAAGCAGAAGUUAUUCCGUAUUUCUCUCUGGUACACUCUGAUGUCUGUUAUUCUCUGGGUUCUCUGUGCCACGUUUUUCAUGGUACACUGGUUUCCGUUCUUCUCUGAGUGGUGGCACUACGCAGUUUACAUACCCGCGGUAGUCUACAUCGCAGGCUGGUGGGCAACAUGGCUCAGCAUCUAUGGAUUUGUUUGCCAUGUUCACAGUCUACAUAUUGAUACUGUCAUAGAACAAAUGAAGAUGAGAGAACGCCGGCCAAUUUCUAUUUUACGAGGACACUUUGAGUUACAGCAAUCACUAGAGAAAACCCAGAAAGAUUUCAACGUCAUCAUUUCUAUGGCUGUAGCAUACCAUAUAUUGGAUCUGAUAGUUUUUAGUUUUGCGUAUUUUAAUUCUGCCUUUGGUAGCGACUAUCCGAUCUGGCAAUACUUUGGUACUGUACUUUAUGAUUUACUUAGUAUUAUUUUCAAGCUCUACCCCCCAGCGCUUGUGGCAGCAGCAUCACAUCGCAUUGUUGUAGAGGCUUCAAAACGAUGCAAGAGAAGCCCCCACACAACGGAUCUGCCGACUGAAGAUAUACUGUUAUUCCAGUACAUGGCAUUGUGCGAGUCAGAUAUGGGUCUUAAAAUUCUUGGAAUUCGCAUCACUGUAGAGUUAACAAUGAAGGCUCUUAUGACAAUAAUCACUGCUGGUGUAUCAUUCAUAGCUUUUGUUAUACCACGGCUCAAGUAGAAAAUUUUCUCUGGACUGUUGUUCAACAGGAGACUCUCUCGGCAAGUAAAACAUGUUUUCAGAUUCAUGUGUGCAGCUAUGUAACCUUGGAUGUUUUGAUGCCUAAGGCGUGGAUCAUGAAUGCAUAGAUUCAUUCCGAAGACGCAGUUUUUCAGCGAAGCCACGAUAAAUUAUUUCUUACUGUUUCGAUUUUUGUCUGGCUUACACAAAUUGUGUGGCCACAUUAUGGCACGAUCGGAUUCAUUUAUUUAUUUAUUUGUCGACGAGAGUCGAGCGCCUGUCACGUGGUCUAGUGUCGUACGGCGAACUAGUCACUGAGAUAGAAUAAAUAUAUGAAAAUCAUAUAUUUUGAACUGCGGUAUUUGAUACGUAUGAUG